GCAGCCUCAGCUCUCCCCCUCCUCUCUGCCUCUCUCCUCCACUGUCUGCUCCUCUCACUCUCUCCCUGUGAGCAGCUGAUCAUUGUGAUCAUUCACUCCCUCUCUUUAUUGCACUGACAAGCCGGGGGAGGAUUUCAGCAACUCAGUCUAUUGUCAGGAGGGGAAAUUGCAAUAAAACAGCAGCAGCAGAAGAAGCAGCAGCAGCCUCUUCCUCUUCCUCCUCCUCCUCCUCCUCCAGCAACAGCCACCUCUUGGAGAAGAAGCUUGGGCUGACACAACCACACCAAGGCUUUGCUUCUUUCUUACCAUCAUUUUAUUAUUACACACUGAACUGGGGGGGACAAUAAAGCUGCUUUCCCAGGGAUUUAUUUCAUGGGGAUGUGUUCAAGGCAAGAGAGGAUUCAGAAGGAUAUUGACAUUGUCAUUCAAAAGUGCAAGGCGGAAAAGGACUGCCUGUUUUCAGAUUUCAGAUAUUCGGACAAUACGUUCACCUUUACCUUCCUAGGAGGCUCCAAAAGGUCCUGCAGAAAUAAGAAAGACGAGGAUACCGGCUGCGCGAUCAAGUGGAUGAGUGUUGCAUAUUCUGUGCAUGUCUCAGAGGAUUAUCCAGAUAAUACUUAUGUGUCCAGUUCAGAAAAUGAUGAAGAUGUGUUAGUGACUACAGAGCCCAUCCCAAUCAUCUUCCACAGGAUAUCCGAGCUGAGGAAAUCCAAUGACAUUACCAGCUGCUUGUCCAUAAAGUCUAAAUUACAGAAAGAAAAUGGCGAGGAGUCACGACACAGUAGUGCAGUGGAAGAAGAUUCUGAAGGAGAUAAUGAUUCUGAAGAGUUUUACUAUGGAGGGCAGGUGAGUUACGAUGGAGAACUUCACAAGCACCCACAAUUGGAGGCUGACCUCGCAGCAGUGAGAGAAAUCUAUGGACCCAGUGCUGUAUCUCUCAGGGAAUAUGGAGCAAUUGAUGACGUGGACAUUGAUUUACAUAUAGAUGUUAGCUUCCUCGAUGAAGAAAUUGCUGUAGCAUGGGAUGUGAUCCGCACAGAACCCAUCGUAGUCCGUCUGCAUUGUUCUCUAACACAGUAUUUAAAUGGCCCAGUGCCAACGGUGGACGUGUUUCAGAUAUCUACAAAGGAGAAGUUUGGUUUAGGACACCAGUUGAAAAAAAUCAUGCAGACAUUUGUGACACAGCAAUGGAAACAGAGCAAAGAAAAGUCAAACUGUUCGCACAAGAAAAUAUCGGACAAGAAGGUGAAGUCUCCUCUGCACAUUUUUUCUACGUUGCGCAGGUCGCCAAGUUACCCCCCUCCUGGAUGUGGUAAAAGCAAAGUCAAACUAAAGUCAGAACAAGAUGGACUCUCUAAAACUCACAAGUUGCUGAGAAGGACUUGUUCUAGCACAGUCAAGGCUGAAGACAUGUGUAACGCAAAAUCCCACAGAAACUUUGGCCGCUCUCUGUCAAGCGACCCUAGAGCUGAGCAACCAAUGGGCUUAAAACCACACAAACUUUUGAGCCGUCAGUGCUCCACAACCAUUAAGCAGGAGGAAUGCAUUUCACUGAAGCAACAUAAACUCUUAACCCGUUCUUGUUCUGGAGACCCCAGAUGUGAGCACAACAGCACCUUGAAGCCCCAUAAACUAUUAAGCAGGUCUUAUUCUAGUAAUCUUCGUAUGGAAGAAUUAGAUGGACUUAAGAACCACAAACUUCUCAGCAAGUCUUACUCCAGUGCCCCCAAAACAUCAAAAAUGGACCUUUUGAAGGAACCUAUCGCAGAGGGCAGGCGGCUCUCUCUUACCUCAGGGCUGAUUGGUAUAUUAACGCCAGCUGCAUCUUCACAACCUGCUCUAACCAGUGGUGCAAAAAGUGUUCCGGUGCGAGGGCAUGGAUUCCUUGUGCAGACAAUAGAGUUUGCUGAGCAAAGAAUACCUGUGCUAAACGAGUACUGUGUGGUUUGUGAUGAACCCCAUGUAUUUCAAAAUGGACCAAUGCUGAGGCCUACUGUUUGCGAACGAGAGCUUUGUGUGUUCGCCUUUCAGACGCUGGGUGUAAUGAAUGAAGCUGCAGAUGAAAUUGCAACCGGUGCUCAGGUUGUAGAUCUCCUUGUGUCAAUGUGUCGUUCUGCUUUGGAAUCUCCGAGGAAAGUUGUCAUUUUUGAGCCAUAUCCUUCAGUAGUAGACCCCAAUGAUCCUCAGACCCUGGCCUUUAAUCCAAGAAAAAAGAACUACGACAGAGUAAUGAAAGCGUUAGACAGCAUCACUUCCAUCAGAGAGAUGACGCAAGCACCUUAUUUGGAAAUCAAGAAGCAGAUGGAUAAGCAGGAUCCCUUAGCCCAUCCUUUGCUGCAAUGGGUUAUUUCGAGUAAUAGGUCUCAUAUAGUGAAACUGCCAGUUAACAGGCAACUGAAGUUUAUGCACACCCCUCACCAGUUCCUACUACUCAGCAGUCCACCAGCCAAAGAAGCAAAUUUCAGAGCUGCUAAAAAACUUUUCGGAAGCACAUUUGCAUUUCAUGGCUCACACAUUGAAAAUUGGCACUCUAUCCUGAGGAACGGCUUAGUAGUUGCUUCCAACACAAGACUGCAGCUUCAUGGUGCCAUGUACGGAAGUGGAAUCUAUCUAAGUCCAUUAGCAAGCAUAUCAUUUGGCUACUCAGGGAUGAACAAGAAGCAACAGAAAGUAUCAGCCAAGGACGACCCCCCAAGCAGCAAAAGCAGUAGUACAUCACAGUCACAGAAGAAAGGACAACAAUCACAAUUUUUGCAAAGCCGUAACUUAAAAUGUAUAGCCUUAUGCGAAGUGAUUACUUCACCAGAAUUGCACAAACAUGGGGAGAUCUGGGUUGUUCCCAAUACGGAUCACGUCUGUACACGGUUCUUUUUUGUCUAUGAAGACGGCCAAGUGGGAGACACAAGCAUCAACACACAAGAACCAAGUAGCUAUAAAGAAAUCCUGCGCGUUAUAGGCAACCAAACGGCUACUGGUUAAAGACAUCAUUUAUGGAAUAUGGGGGUUUCAUCAGUAUCAAAGCUGGACUUUGUACUGAAGAACAUUAUGGAUCUCUUUAUUACUCCUCUUAUUGUUAUUAUUAUACAAGCUCCUUUUAUUUCUGCUUUUUAAUGUUUGACCUGAUUAUACUUAUUGAUUCAAAUGAUUAUUUAAUAUGAAAUUAAUAUAUUGUGGUGUCUACAUGACAGCCAGGCUUAUAUCCUAGAGAGUAACUGCAGGAGAUUUGUAAUAAUUAGUGCAGAUUUCUGUUACAAGCGACUACUUUCUACCUACCGUACAUGGCUAUGGUUUUAUCUUGCAAUAAAUGAAACCACCAAG